AUGUCUGACAACUCCUCUAAGUCCGCCAUUCCGGAAUGGCAGCGCAAAGCUACAUCAACCUCGUCCCCAGCCGAUCAGACCAACGACUCCGCCGAUAAGCCAGUCGAGACCAGCUCAACCGAAGAGGAACAAGUUACAACACCCUCGGAUAGAUCAGCCUUGCUAGAACAGGCAAAGACAUUUCUCGCCGAUCCAGAGAUCCGUGAUGCUACGACCAAGUCAAAGGGUCUUACAAACGACGAGAUCAACUCGUUGCUUGGGGUAAGCCGCAAUGAGGGUGCGCCGACGACGCCAGAGACAGAGACGACUACGACCAAUAACCAGGCAAGGGUCGAAAGCGAUACAGCUUCUGCGACAGCUGUAGCAAGUAAGCCUCCAUCGAACUCGAUGCCUUCGCCACGAGACAUCCCGCCAAUUAUAACCUAUCCCGAGUUCCUCGUUAAUGCGUCAGCGCAGAGCAAACCUCCUCUCCUGUCUCUUCGCAGUGUGCUAGACACACUCUACGGUGCUGCUGGGUUGGGCGCAACGUUCUACGGUGCCAGUGAAUUCCUAGUGAAACCUAUGCUCAGAUCGCUAGGUGAUGCGCGACACGAACUUGCCGAGACCGCCCUGACGAAUCUGUCGACAUUGAACGAGAAACUUGAGAAGAACGUGUCAAAAAUUCCCGUACGAUCACUUUCGUCCGAGAAAUUUGACGCAGACGAAGACGAUGAAACGGAGUCAAUAACAUCAGAUCCAACAGAAGUCUUCCAUCGUGAUAUCGCGACACAGACAACCCCGGAUCUACUGAAUGAUAGCAUCACCACUACCCCGUCGACCGACGCCGAAGCCAAUCCACACAAAGCGAUAGACUCACACAAACAAACCCUCGCCAAAAUAACCUCUCAUCUCCAGGAGUUUGUCUCCGACCACACCACCUCAGGGGAAAUAGACGAUACAAUGCGCAACCGGGUCGCCGAUCUACAAUCAUAUCUGGACGGGUUGAAAUACUCGUCGUACAAUACAUAUAUCAACAGUAAUAACCUGUAUAAUACUAGCUAUAACUAUCCCAUGGGGGAUACGACGAAUAAAUCCAAGGAAGAAGAUGCGAUUGCAGCUUUUAGGGCAGAGAUCAGAGGUGUCAAGGGGGCUUUGUUGAGUGCGAGGAAUUUUCCAUCUGGGAGACCGGCUGGGAUUGCUAGAUAA